UUAGGGCUUUAGGAAAUCUUUGCUCGAUUCGGGGCGCGCAAUGCAGCGCAAGCUCGGCUAUAGGCCGGCAUUGCUGUGGAAUCCAGCAGUGUACGAGUACCUUAGAGAGGCUUAUGGCGCGGAUCACUUCUCUCGAAUCUGUGACGCGCUCACUCGGCCUUCUACGUACUGCUGUGUUCGCGCCAAUGCGAUGCAAACAAGUACUGCCGCCGUUAUCGCGGAGCUCAAGGAAUUCUUAUCGAGCAAGGAAGCGGAAGGAACGACUUGCUACGAGCAUCCCUUGCUUAAAAAUGUGGUGAUUGUGCCUGGCCGUGGUCCUUGCGACGUGAGCUAUGACGACGAGGUACAAAAGAUCGUAAUGGUUAGUAGAAAGUGUGCGGAAGCUGUGCUCCGUGGUGCCGAGGUUUUUGUUCCAGGUGUUUUAGCUUGUAGCGAGCAUGUCGAUGAAGGUGACUCGGUAGCAGUUUUUGCGAGGAUUGAAGUCAAGGAUAGCGCGGGGAAAUGGUCGAAUGGGGUUACUCGAGGGACGACUAUACCUCUGAGCGAUUGGGAAUCAUCUCUUGGAGGCAGUCCAUAUGACUGGUUUAUCGGGAAAGGCCGCGCGAUGAUGUCCCGGCCUACGUUGUUCAGGGAAAGGCAAGGCAUUGCAGUUAAAAUGACAGAUCGGAUUUACAACCUUCCUGCCUUUCAUGGAAUACUUGAAGGAGGGGUGUUCUUACAAAAUCUACCGAGCAUUGUCACGGCCAUUGUCCUCGAUCCACAGCCCGGAGAGAGGAUAUUGGAUAUGUGUGCUGCCCCGGGUGGUAAAACGACUGCUAUUGCCUCUCUGAUGAACAAUACUGGAGAAGUGAUCGCUUUGGAUCGGACACAUAACAAGGUCCUGGAAAUUUUAAGCCUUGCGAAGGAACUUGGAUUGUCCUGCAUUCAGGCUUUCAAAUUAGACGCUUUGAAAUCUGUCCAGGUGGAUUCCGAUGCGCAAUCUUCGCUAGCGCUGACACAGCCUUUAGAGAAAGAAAUCCAGUGCUUUAUGGCAACUCUGGGUGAUCCCCCUGAGACUGAAGUUCCACCGACUAGUCAAUAUACAAGUAAAGCUCGUGAAAGAAAAGAAUCCCGGAGACUGAAGAACGGCCGUGGAAGAGGACAGCAUUUAGGAGGCAGAGUGGACAUGAUAAAAAGCUUUCCUCCAAACUCGUUUGACAGAGUUUUACUCGAUGCACCAUGCUCGGCAUUAGGAUUGAGGCCACGUCUUUUUGCUGCCGAGGAAACGUUAGAAUCUCUGGGACGACAUGCGAUUUACCAGCGUCGGCUGUUUGACAGAGCCGUGGAACUUGUGAAAGCGGGCGGAACGUUAGUGUAUUCCACGUGCACCAUUAAUCCUGGCGAGAAUGAAGCUUUGGUGCGUUAUGCACUAGACAAGUAUAAGUUUUUGGUGCUUGUGGAUCAGGUGCCAAAAAUUGGAGGCCCGGGGCUUGUCGGAGGAACGAGUGUCUAUGAUGGUCGUGGCUACAGGGAAUGGCUCAAGGAAGGAGAGCAAUAUCUAGUGCAAAGAUUUGAUCCGUCCAGUCCAGUCGAUACAAUCGGAUUCUUCAUUGCAAAGUUCCAGGUGCCGGCAACGAAGAGCGCAAACGUCUCAGGCAACUGUUAAGUCAUCGUUGAAGUAGAUGUGGACGACCGGGAUGUAAAAGUACGAUGCUAGGCCCAGGGACACAAACAGGUCGGCCUCGUCGGCUAUCCCGUUCUCGGUGUAGCUGUUGGCGUGCGCGUUGUACGCGAGAUAACGCUCGAGGAUGUGCUGCACAUUCUCCUCGGACGGCACCUAGUUGAAGAAAAUCAGGCGAGAAAAAGGAACAAACUUUGCCAACUUAAAAGCUUACCUCGAGAAGGAUCUCGUGGUCGAUGAGAACGUUCUUGAUCC